AUGAAGUUGACGAAUCUGGUGUUGUUUGCGCUUUCCUCUGUGUCUGUCGCGUUCGGGCAAACCGCUGGAGCGGCCCGCAAACGACGCGCUCGCGCUCGUGUCCAAAUGCAACAACGAUCUCCAGGCUGGCCCCCCGGAGAAAUCACGUCCAAACUCACGGGGCUAACCGUUGAGAUCAAAUCUCUGUUCGGCGCUUCAGGCGGACCCGGAGAUGGGCCUGGAGAUGAGAUCGAAAAUCGCGGUGCAAAUGGCUACGAUGAUCAAAACCCGAAACCAAGAACCAAAUCGCGAUCAAAACAGCAUCGAUCAUCUCAUCUGGCCGAUUCCAACAACAGCGGCGGCGAAGCGUUGAAAGAUCUCGUCGUGGCCCUUGAAAAACAGGUUCCUGGCGUGGACAAGGAGAUUUACCGAAUCCUAAACGUCGGGACGAUUGCCAAGUUGAGAGCGAAUGGGGGGUCUGUUGCGCCUGUGUUGAAUGUGGCCGAGGUCAAGGUUAAGCUUGACGUCUAA